AUGAUGCAAUUCCAAUAGGCAUAGCAUUUAUCCUUAAUUUCCAAACUGAUUCAUUAAAAAGGCUAAUCUCCUAUAAUACGAAUUAUCGAUCCUAACCAGAAGAAAUACUCCGAAUUAAUUGGUUGAUAUCUAUUGAAAUAUUCUAAUCUAAAUUUAUUGGGUAUAAGUAUUGUUGCUAAGAGUUAGUUCAAAUCAUCGUUCCCAUAUUUCAAACUGACUAAUAAUGUAGAAGCCAAACCACUGAAUACUUUCCAUAUAAGUAUUAGUAUGUUUUUAUUUAAAUAAGUCUGAACGAAAUGAUGUCGAGGACAAAUUAAUGA